CAAGUUCCUUCCUCCUUCCUCCUCAUUCACUAUGUCCGACUCGUCGCGUCCCUCGUCUCCCAGUGCUCGUUCAAAUGCUGUCGCAGCCCCGCCUGGCGCGCAAGUUCGGCGACGUGCAGCAGGCUCGCAAGUCUCCAAGCCUAACUCGACACGCGCAGCAGGUGCAGGCGGCUCGUCUAACACCAUGCUUCGACUUUACACGGAUGACUCUCCAGGCCUUCGAGUAGACCCGUUCGUUGUCCUCAUCCUCUCCGUCGUGUUCAUCGGCUCCGUCGUCUUCUUGCACAUUUCUGCACGCAUUAUCAAGUCCUUCUCGAAGUAGGGACUGUCCAUCUAUGCAUUCUUACUUUUUUCGAUAUCUUUAGUGAUGACGUGGGUUAAUUAUGGCGCUUCGGGAGGGAGGGAGGAGACAUGAUGAGGUUUUGUUUCGCUCGUUCACUCUCUCGUACUCGCUGCACACAUGUAAAAAUGUUGGAAGACGGCGGAUUGGAUAAUAUCUGAUACUGCCGACACCUUCGUGUAUAGUGCGCUGGAUAUCUGCGUGCAAUACACAUUUCCUCUAAUAUCCUGUUCGACAAUCCUGUCCCUCAGUCUCGCACGGGAAAAUUCACAGUGACAGGCAAGAAGUCCGAGUUGUUCCAUUUAUAUUCACA